CAUAUAUAUUUGGUUUAUUAUUAUUAUUAUUACUUUAAAUUUGUUUGAAAAAUAAAUAAAAAAAUGGUGUCGUUGUUAUAGCAAAGCGAGAGUGCGCGAGACCUCUUCUUCGUUGCCUUCGCCGUACUUAGUUUUUUCUUCAAUUUCUCAUUCGAAAAAAUACUGAGUCUCUCACACUCACAUUUUGCUUUGCCAAAACGUUUUCCGAUUUCUCUCUCUCUCUCUGUCUAUACAUAUAUACGAUGAAGAAGAAGAAGAGAGAUAACAGCAACGUCAUCGCCGGAAUAUUCCUCGGCGCAACUUUCAUUCGCCGGCAACGGAGUUUCCAUGGCCACAUGUGGCCGUUGAUAUCGGCUUUCUUCGGUUUUCUUCUCCUCCUCCUCGUUUCCUUUUCUCUGCUUGUUCCUUCUCCGAUACUCCAUAGCCAGAAUCAUCACCUCUCGCUUCUUCGUCAGCCUCGCCACCACUCUUCACAUGACGAAGUUGCCGCGGAGCUCCGAUCGAAUUUGGAUCCGGAUACGGUGUUUCGUGUUCCGGCUGGUGGAGGGAGUUUUGGCCGUGAUUUAUGGAGAACGACGCAAUCGGAAUUGUACUGUGGUUGCAGUAAUGCCAGCCGAAAUUUCGCAAGUGCUAAUGUGAAAACGCAUCCCAAUCGUUACCUUUUGAUUGCUACUAGUGGUGGCCUAAAUCAACAAAGAACAGGGAUAACAGAUGCUGUGGUUGCGGCUUAUAUUUUAAAUGCUACUCUUGUUGUUCCCAAGUUGGACCAGAAAUCUUUUUGGAAGGAUACUAGUAAUUUUGCUGAUAUCUUUGAUGUGGACCGUUUCAUAUCAUUCCUCUCCAAAGAUGUUGAAAUCAUUAAGCAGCUUCCGGACAAAGGAGGGAAACCUUUGACUCCACGUUCUAUGCGUGUUCCAAGGAAGUGCACUCCAAAAUGCUACCAGAAUCGUGUUUUACCUGUUCUUAUCAAAAAGCAUGUGGUUCAGCUCUCUAAGUUUGAUUACAGGCUUUCAAAUAAGCUGGAUAAAGAUUUACAAAAGUUGAGAUGUAGGGUUAACUAUCAUGCUUUGAAAUUUACUGAUUCCAUUCUUGAAAUGGGGAAAAAGUUAGUUGAAAGGAUGAGGAUGAGAAGCAAGCAUUUCAUUGCCCUCCAUUUAAGAUUUGAACCUGAUAUGCUUGCAUUCUCUGGAUGUGAUUAUGGUGGUGGAGAAAAAGAAAGGCAAGAACUUGGCGCAAUUCGGUCAAGAUGGAAAAGUUUACAUGCAAGUAACCCCGACAAAGUACGAAGAAAUGGUAGAUGCCCUCUCACUCCAGAGGAAGUUGGCCUUAUGCUUAGAGCGUUGGGUUUUGGAAGUGAUGUUCACUUGUAUGUGGCAUCAGGUGAAGUAUACGGAGGUGAAGAGACAUUGGCACCGCUCAAAGAGCUUUUCCCGAACUACCAUUCUAAAGAUACAUUAGCAAGUAAAGAGGAGUUGGCACCAUUCUCAUCUUUCUCUUCUCGCAUGGCUGCACUGGACUUUAUUGUUUCCGAUGAAAGUGAUGUUUUUGUCACCAACAACAAUGGCAAUAUGGCUAGAAUGUUAGCUGGAAGAAGGAGAUACUUUGGGCACAAACCAACAAUCCGUCCAAAUGCUAAAAAGCUAUACAAAUUGUUCAUGAAUAGAAAUAACAUGACAUGGGAAGAAUUUGCUUCGAGGAUUCGUACUAAUCAGAUUGGAUUCAUGGGAGCUCCAAAUGAGGUCAAGCCAGGAAGGGGUGAGUUUCAUGAAAAUCCAUCAUCCUGCAUAUGUGAACUAUCAGCUGCAAAGGCUAAGGAAAUUGCAAAUCCUGAAAACCAGAAUCAUGACAGCCAUAAGAUAGACAAAGACGACAUCACAGAUAAAGAUACCAGUGAUUCAACAGAUGGACAUAUAUCUGAUGACGAGCAAGAUUGGUCUGAGAUGGAUUACAUGGACAAUGCAAGUAGGCUUCAAGGGAAAGGACAACCUAAUGCAACAGAUUCAGAUUCUGGUUUCGUACUUAAAUCUGAACUAUCGGAGUUGGACGAGUUCUUUUCAGACUGAAUAAGGGAAUCAUUUUUUACCUAUUGACAAGUAAUAUGCUCUCUCUAACCAGAUUCUUUGGGUCUAAUUAUAACUCCAUAUGCCAGCUCGCUUCUAAUUAAGAAUCUUGCAUUCCUUUUGCUGAACUAGCAGUGACACUGAUGAAAGCACUUUCACUUUGUAUAUAUAUAAAGACAUUGGGCGUCGAGCAGUGAAAUUUUACUAGACACCUGCAUACGUCAAAAUGGGAGCUCACACAGAUCAGAUAUUGAAGAUUAUUGUACAGUAUAAAACUCAGCCUUUUGGUGAGGAUAAAAAAAAUUUCUCUUUUAUUAUUAUUAUUUUUUUUUAGUUUUACUUGUCGAUUCAUGAUUCUUGCCGUAAGGCAGGAAUGUUUUUAUACAACAGGGUAAAUGGGAAAGAGGGUUGGAAUUGUUUGGAAUUUUAGAACUAGAACCUUUUAUAUUCGUCUUUGUUGUCCUUUAUAUAUAUAUAUAUAUAUAUAUUGUUUUUGUCUCUCAA